GCAACUUGUAUUUUUUAAAGAAAAACAAACAAACUCCUUGUAUCCCAAAAUACUUAUACUCCUCUCAUGUUCAAAGCAUAAUUCUUGGAACUAAGAAGUGGAUUUCCAAGCUUUUAAAGUGAACUGGGUAUUUCCAAUUUAGUUGAUUAAUGAAACAAUUUCUGAAAUUUACAUCUUUUUUCUCAAAAAAAGGAUGUUAUUUGGAUAAGCCAUAUGAAAAUACCCUAAUCCAAAGCUGAAGUUUUAGGUUUUGUUUAAGGUAUGGAGUAUUAUGUUAAAUUCCAAAAAUUAUGUCAAAUUGAAGCAAGAAGGCAUAUCUUAAUAGUGGGUAUUGUAGCUAUUACCUAUUUGAUGCUUCAAUACUUUAUGCUGCCAUAUGGAAAUGCACUGAAAUCCUUACUUCCUGAUAAUCAAGUUAUCUUAAGUGUCAAAAACGGCGUUUCCUCGAGUCAAUUGUUGGUAAAAUCAGAAAAGAAGAGUGAAAUCAAUGCUUCAAGUCUUGUAGGAGUGGUAAUACAAGGUGGGGUUAGUAUAGAUGAUAAGUUUAUUACGAAUGGCAAUGCAUCAAGGGAUGUAGGUAGAGUUAUGGAGAAUAGUGUUACAUCUGGAGGUGAAUCGGGACCUAAAAUUUUGGAUGAUCAGGAAAAUAGGUAUAAAAAGAAGUUGAAGAAGAGUUUUCGUUUUGAUAGAAUUGAGAAUGUGGAGAGUUGGACCCAAGAAAAUGUAGUACAAUCUGAAAAUAUGACGGAACUCCCAGAAAGUAAUCUUACUGUUUUAAGGAAUGAUUCGGGCGUGAGGCGUUCGCGAAAAAGAAAGAAAGUGAAACCGGGAAUGCCACCAAUCUCGGUGAUACCCAUAGAUAGGAUGAAUCGGAUACUAGCUCGACACCUUUCUUUUUCAAGUAAAAUGUAGAUUCCUCAAUGGUCGUCGCUUCAGGACCCUGACAAGGAAAUUUUUGAUGCAAAGUUGAAGAUUAAGAAUCCUGGUUUAGUGAAUGUUGACAAGGAACUCUUUGCUCCUGUUUUCAGAAAUGUUUCUGUGUUUAU